UUGAUAGUGCAGCAGCUGUAGAAUCUGGGGAUCCCGUCUGUAUUUCUGGGCAGUGCAAAAGCAAGACUGACGAGUCUUUAAGCUUUGCCUGCCAGCCUGGGGGACGCUCCAGGACUGUGAGACCCACGUCUGUAGAACUUUUUGUUCAUCUGUAGGAUUUCUGUGGAUCUCGUCUGGACAAGGAACUUCCUUGUCAUCUGUUAUUCCGAGCUGCACACCUGAGUCAGUGUCAGUGUUUCUGUGUUGCUGUGUAUUUGUGUUGGUCGCGACCCAUGGUCUGGGGAGCACGAUAUUUUGGGGCUCAGCAUGUAUCUGAAGGAUACGUGAACCUGAGCGAAGUGACAACCUCGCCAUCUGAUUUUGUUCUUUCAGUUUUUCUCCGCAGUCGCGCUAAGCGGUACCUUGUCGCCGGCUGUCUAUUUUUGUUGUUUCUGUUGUUUGUCUGCCUCAUUGUGAUUUUAGAUCACCCCAAAAUGGGACAACACCUAACCACCCCCCUGAGUUUAACUCUAGAUCACUGGAGAGAAGUUAAGAGCCGAGCUCACAAUCAAUCUGUGGAGAUCAAGAAGCACCAAUGGAUAACCUUUUGUUCCUCUGAGUGGCCAACGUUUAAUGUUGGUUGGCCUCGGGAUGGGACUUUUGACUCUGAUGUUAUUUUGCAGGUUAAAGCUAAGAUCUUCUCCCCUGGACUAACGGGACAUCCGGACCAAGUGGCCUAUAUAGUCACUUGGGAAAAUCUCUCCCUUGACCCACCACCGUGGGUGACUCCUUUUCUCAGUCCUGCACGAAGAAUCCCCCUCCCUUCUGCCCCUAACCCGGACCCUUCGACCACCUCCUUGUGUCCUGUUGUGGUAAAACAAAAGCCUGUUCUGCCCCCUGAUGAGAGUGCUCCUGCUGAUCUGCUGAAUUGUGGAGACAAGACUGCACACCUUGGUGUCCAUGAUGCACCUACCCAGCAGAACCAACAAAGCUGGAAGUGUGUACCUAAGCCUAAACCUAUUUUGCCACCGGCGGAUGGUAAGUGCCCCUCUGAUUGUGAGUUCGUUGAAGCUAUGCACUCAUCCUGCUAUGCUUCUUUUACUGAAUGUAGAUUUAAUAACAUCCUGUAUUUCUAUACUGUGGCUAAGCCUAAACCUAUUUUGCCACCGGCGGAUGGUAAGUGCCCCUCUGACUGUGAGUUUGUUGAAGCUAUGCACUCAUCCUGCUAUGCUUCUUUUAGUGAAUGUAGAUUUAAUAACAUCCUGUAUUUCUAUACUGUGCCCACUUCCCUUAAAAGAGCCUCUGGAGGCUCAGACUGGAGUCUCAACACUCAAGUAGUAGGACCAGAAAAUUAUAAUUCUAAAACCCUUAGUGCAGGCUGCUACGUACAACCUGGGAAAAAGGCAUGUUGGCCGCAAUGA